GUUCGCAACAGAUCGUUCAUCGCAUGAAUCAUGAUGAAUGCAGGCUCUCGCGGCAUUACUCGCCAUCAAUGGGUGUCGACACAGCUUAGCCAUGAACAACCAAGAGAUAGCAACGGAGGAACACUUGCGCAGGUACCUUCCUAUCAGGAAUCGUAGGAUGUGGAAUUAUUCAUCGAAGCAACUCCUUGAUCUGAAAAAAUGCUCACAGCUGAUACUGUAGCGACUGUCAUGACCUCAUUUUUGCGUUCUUUCCUUUGUUGUCAUGCCUAACCAUCGAUCUUUCACGUCAAUACCUAGUCUAUUGUUUCCCUUUCUACAGUGCCACGCGAUACCUUUGUCCACCGCCAUCUUUGUCCAUGUAACGCUGGCAGCCGUAGCAUACCACAACGUGCAGCAUGAGGCCUGCGCAUUGAUUCUGCUUACUCGGCGCAUCCACUAACAACAAGAACUACGUAGCGCAAUGUCGGGAAUUGAAACAACCUUCUGCAAAGGCUACGGCUUCUCUCCAACCCACAUGGUGUUGACGAAAAGAAAGAGGUCUGCGGAAGACAAGUACAUCGACUUGGGGUUCGGAUUAUGUUACCGAAGACGACAACAAGACCUGCAAGAUGGCGAACACAAUGAUGAAGAUGACGACUACGACGGCGAACAACCACCGCAUAAACGCCGAAUACCAAACUCGUUCUACGGUUCACAGUCAGCACGUCUCGGUAUCAUUCCCGCAGCCACGUUAGCCACUCUUCAUGGCCUCAAAAAAUUCGUGAGGGAUAGCAUGGGUGUAGGCAUGGAAGUCUUUAAGGCGCCUUACGCAGUAUGUAGAGGUGUUCCAAGAUACGUGCGAGAUGUACAUAGAGCAGGAAUGGUAAGGAGUGUGUUUGGGAGCAUAGCUGCACCGGACAAUAUACCAGACCUCGAGAGCUGGUUGAAGGUAGUUGGUUCACAUGGACGACAGAUGUAUGUUGAGAAUAAAGGAGAUGAGAACAGGAGUGGUAAUCGUAGGGGUGGAAGUACGAGCCCGAGGCCUGAUAGGUCGGUUCCAGAUUCCGAUGACUUUGACUCAGCAACGUGGCCGGGCGGCGAUGCCAUAUCUAUCUGUCGACUGUCAGAACGCCCGGUGCACUCGUCAAUCCUGCCGCAGAGUUUGAUACCAGCAAGGCUACCACUAGAGAUGAGACAUGAUGCUCAGAACUCCAUACCUCGAACAAAGAGCACAUAUACCACAAUCGUGAAUGCUGGGACACAAACUUCGUCAAUCGACCAAGAGGAUACUAGGAAGCAAGUGAAGAGCCGAAAGCACACUUGGCAUUUGAGCGAGCAAGCUGCAGAGUCGCAAAGUGCGUCAGAGAAGGUAGUUUCGGCGAUGCUGAAGCGGCCAUUUAGAACAGGACGUCGGUGUGGACCGAUGUUUACACCUUUCUCUAGUGCUGAGUUAGCUAAUUUGGGGCUCCAACAUUCGAAGGAUGACGUUGCUUCUGGACGACCAGUAGAGAGCUAUGCAGAACCAGUGGCCUCUUGGAAGCAGAAUACGUCAAAUGUAGAGAAUUCCACGCCGCCAACUCGUAAAACUCGAAGAAAAGCGGAACCAGAGAACAACCUCCGAAGUCAUGUACUGAGAAAGGCAGCUGCCAGACUGUCGGAUCAACAGCAGCCUCAACAUCAGCGCGCUCAAACUCUAGCAACUGCAGAGCCUACUUCAAGCUCCAUAUCAUGUCCCCUCUGCCAUUUUGACAACUCGAUUACCUCCACCUUCUGUGGCGCAUGUUACACACCGCAUCUCCCCAAGCCAGCACCCCGAUCCCGUGCUCAAGGCAUAGCAAAGCACGAUCUGUUACCCGAUACUUAUCCAGAGGACGGUCAUUGGGAGGAAACUACGAUGGUCACUAUCCGAAAUUACCAUGAGGAUAUCUUGUGUACAGGCGCCGCCGGCCCACCCGGCACAAUGAAUGAGGAUGGCUCGCAUGUCAGCAUUCCAACAUCAGAACUUCGGCAACUCAACGAAGCUAGAGAGGAUGCUCUGAUAGAAGACAGUAUGCGCACGGUCCGAGAUCAAGAGCGACGGACUAUUGCGCAAGAGAACGGAAUUGAUGCAUUGAGUUUGGAAAGGGGUUUGGAGGUGGAGAGGGUAUGGAUGCGGAGGCUUUCUGGUUGGAGGGAAGAAGCUGAGGGAGAUGCGGGAAAGCCGUUCCCGCUUAACGUACCGGAUUACGAAGAUCUGCAAGAUUGGGAGUUGGACAGAUUGAAGGAAGACAUCAGGUCGCUGGACAGGAUUUUGGCGAGCCUGAAAGAUACCGCUAGCGUUUUCCGUGCUACGUCGAGCCGUGAAAACAGCAAUAGCAAGCUCUCCAAAGACCCAAAACGAUUGGCAGUCAGAAACGAGGAGUUAAAAGCCGUACAGCAACGAGAAGCCGAACGGCAGUACCUUGCUCUCGUGGCGGAAGCGCAGCAGCAAGCACAUGCCGAGAACACGCAGUUUCCUGAAGGCUUGCGAGGCUGGGGUCAAGUUGGCCCAGACGAACAAGAUCUCAUUCGAUGGGCGAUCUACGCCAAUCAGGUCAAUGAUAUGUCAGAGCAGGCAAGAAGGAAGAUCCCGACUGAUAGGCCUACUGUGUCUGCCUUCUCCCCGCAGGACAGUAUGGCCAACCCUAACGGUGCAUCUGCCACUGAUGAUGUUUUGAACGGGAAGAAUUGCUGCCCCUCUUCCGAAACUAACGGUCGACCAUGGCCUGUCACCGAAUCGCAGCGAACUGAUAGAUCAACAGAGCAGCAGAUAGAAGACGAACACUACGCCCGUUUGAAACAGAAGUUUGAAGAUUCGAAGUGGGCAGAAAUGGUCUUUAACGUCGAAGUAACGAGGUACGGUAUUUUGUAUACCGGAAGGAGAUGGCCAGAUGACGUGGCGAAUUGGGAAACUAUUACCCCUGCAGCUAAAGCAUUGGUCUUGGAAGUGACAGAAUAUCUCACAUCGAAAGAGGAGUUCGAGGAGCCAGGCGCAGAAAAUAAGUAG